AUGUCCUCCCCAAACUCCACCUCCCCACCCACAACUCCAAGCCUGCAACCCGAGCUCUCCGCACCCGAGGAACCCCUCUUCACAGAAAUCAACAUCCCACUCCCCGCCCUGCCCGCCUCUCCAUCGCCCUCGCCCUCGAAACCCCGCCACCGCUCCAUCAGCCUCUCGUCUCUCUCCUUCCACCGCCACGACUCCUCGUCCUCCCACACAUCACACCAGUCGCCCUCACAUACCCACACCGCGAAACCCGACGAGAAGCGCGCAGCCGGCCUAGCUACGAUCAAGGAGCACCAGACAUCGGCGUUGCGGUCGCGGACGCAGACGCUGGGCGCGUUGGCGGUGGCGCCAGCUGUGCUGAUGCUGUCGGCGGAGCUGUUUACGCCCGGGAGCGGGGGAUGA